AUGGCGACAAUCGUACCCCCGCCGUCUAAGCGGCAAAGGCGCGAAGAGCUUGAGCGCUCCCACAUCCAGCAAGAUGUCACAGCCAUCGCACUGGGACCUGCCGGCUCCUUCAAGGCCCGCUUCCAGGACAGUGAUGGCAAGCAGCUGGCCGAUGUGAUUGAAGUGCCUCUUGCCGAUGCCUCGGAGAAGAACCUGUCGCUUCUUUUGAAUACUCUUUUGGCUAGGGAGAGAGAAGAGUUCCUACCAUACCGGUUCCGAAUCCACAUCCCCGGCUCCGAUAUUAUCGUCGAUCAAUAUCCCACCGAUUUACUCCAACUCCUUCGCAACCAUGGAAUUGAGAACCCCUUUGAGACGACUGUCACCCUCAGCGCCGAGCCCCAGGCCGUGUUCAAGGUCCAUGCCGUCACUCGCAUGUCGCACAGAAUGCCUGGACAUGGCGAGGCCAUCCUGGCCGCGCAGUUCAGUCCCCGAAGCAGCAGCCUUCUCGCGACUGGCUCUGGCGACAAGACUGCGCGCGUGUGGGAUACUGAUACUGGCACCCCAAAGUACACCCUCAGUGGUCACGGUGGAUGGGUCCUAUGUGUGGCCUGGUCCCCUGAUGGAGCGAGAUUAGCCACUGGAAGCAUGGACAAAUCAGUACGGCUCUGGGACCCAGAGACUGGAAAGGCCGUUGGAAGCCCCCUAACUGGACAUUCAAAGUGGGUGACUAAUAUUGCGUGGGAGCCGUAUCAUCUCUGGAGAGAUGGAACACCUCGAAUCGCUAGCGCAAGCAAGGAUUCAACUGUGAGAAUUUGGGUGGUUAACACGGGCCGGACAGAACAUGUCCUUUCUGGUCAUAAGAGCAGUGUCAGUUGUGUUCGCUGGGGUGGAGAAGGUCUCGUUUACAGUGCAAGCCAUGACAAGACGGUCCGAGUAUGGAAUGCUGAGAAGGGAACUCUGGUGCACACUCUGUCUUCACAUGCUCACUGGGUGAACCACCUUGCUCUCUCGACUGAUUUUGCUCUACGAACCGCUUUCUACGACCACACGCCUGUCCCAGACACUGAUGAGGGGAAGCGGGCCAAGGCCAAGGAGCGGUUUGAGAAGGCUGCCAAGUUCCAAGGCAAGGUAGCAGAACGUGUGGUCUCGGCCAGUGACGACUUCACCAUGUACCUAUGGGAUCCCUCCCAAGGAACGAAGCCGGUGGCGCGCAUGCUGGGUCAUCAGAAGCAAAUCAACCAUGUUUCGUUUUCACCCGAUGGUAGCCUCAUCGCCAGUGCGGGCUGGGACAACCACGCCAAGCUUUGGAGCGGAAGGGACGGCAAGUUCAUCAACACACUCCGUGGACAUGUAGCUCCCGUUUACCAGUGCUCAUUCUCGGCGGAUUCGAGACUACUAGUCACAGGAUCAAAGGAUACGACUUUGAAGGUGUGGUCGAUGGCAUCCCACAAGCUGGCAAUGGACUUGCCUGGCCAUCAGGACGAGGUUUACGCUGUAGACUGGGCCCCCGACGGAAAAAGAGUUGCGAGCGGAGGCAAAGACAAGGCCGUCCGGCUUUGGCGGAAUUAG